AUCCCUCAACCUCAUUCCAAGCGACGCGACAAGCAAACAAUAGCUUUUAAUUCACCAUCACCAGUCUCGAACGAAACCCAAUCGACCACGUCGAACUAUACGUCGAAUUACGCUAUUAUAGAUCUCUUAGAAUAAGUCUGGUUUCGCAAGGGUUUGCCUCGGUUUAUCAUUUUAAUUGACUAUCUUUUUCCCCUUUCCAUGGUCUCGGGGCCGACUUCCUAAUUGUGAACUGAACAACGUCAACCUUUCUCGAAGAUGCAGUACGUUCGGAAUAUAAGCGACUCGGUUUCUACAGCCUGGAACUCGAUCAACCCGGCUACAUUAAGCGGAGCAAUCGAUGUGAUCGUAGUACAGCACGAAGAUGGCACUCUAUGUUGUUCCCCUUUUCACGUCCGUUUCGGGAAAUUCUCGCUGUUGAGACCGUACGAGAAGAAGGUCGAGUUUAGGGUCAAUGGCGUUAAGCAAAACUAUGCUAUGAAGCUAGGGGAAGGGGGUGAGGCCUUCUUCGUCUUCGAGACAAACGAUACCAUUCCCCAAAGUCUCCAAACCUCACCUCUUAGCUCUCCCGCUUCCAGUCCCCCCCUUGGGCCCGUUAGGUCCUAUUCAUCGAACGAACUCCAAGAGCCCGACUUCUUGCAGCUGGAUAGCGACUCUAGAAAUGCGCUGUCUACAACCGCGUCGCGACCUAAACCAACAGUUCUUCCCCGCCCAGGCGUAACUGAACCCGUUGCGUCCUCACCUGAGUUAGGUAGCGGCCGACCAGUCUCAAGAGGGUGGUCCAAUACCCCAAAUCAUCCAUCUUAUAGCGAGGAAUUAUUGCCAGCUCCUACGUAUGCAAUCCACGAGCAAGAUGACUCGAAUAAUGGUGACCUGCACGAAGCCGAUAGCGCAAUUUCCCAAAGGUCACGAAGCCCACCUCCUGUGGCACCCCGAGAGGCUAUUCGACGAGCUAUGACCCUAUCGAAAGAACUCGAGGCAGUCAAUAUACCUAGCCGAGUAACUGAAACGGGUGAUCUUAUGUUAGAUAUGACCGGUUAUAAAUCCAGUGAAGAAGACGCGAUCAAAGCUGAAAUUCUAGCUCGGAAGAUAUUAUCUGAAGAACUCCAAGGCGACUACGAUAUUGGCGCACUGUUUGGAAUGGACGAAGAAGGAAACCUUUGGAUAUACAGUAGUGAGGAUGCGAAGGAAGCUGCAAUGAAGAGGACUGUGGCGUCUCUCCGGCCGUCGCCUACGCUUGCCAUUGAUGCCGCAUCCGACCCCGGAUAUCAAAGCGAUGAUUCUACUACCUCGACACAAUCACCUUCCCACCGGAGAAGCGAGUCAGACGUUGGCCAAAGUUUCAUUCAGACGCCACCGACUACCCCGGGCUCGUCGGCGUCGGCGGGAAAUCCAAAUAGAAACUACGCGAAAACCCUACGGCUAACUAGUGAUCAACUAAAGGCGCUAGAUCUGAAACCUGGCGAGAAUUCUAUGAGCUUUACCGUAAAUCGCGCCACAUGCCAAGCAUACAUGUUCCUCUGGCAGCAUGAUACGCCUGUCGUUAUUUCUGAUAUCGAUGGUACUAUAACCAAGUCCGAUGCUCUAGGCCAUGUGUUAAAUAUGAUCGGACGAGACUGGACACAUGCGGGGGUUGCGAAGCUUUACAGCGAUAUUGUCGAAAAUGGGUACAAUAUCAUGUACUUGACAAGUCGUUCGGUUGGACAGGCCGAUACAACGAGAGCAUAUCUCUACGGUAUUGUCCAGGACGGAUACCGUUUGCCUAAAGGCCCAACGAUCCUAUCACCUGAUCGGACAAUGGCGGCGCUGAGGCGAGAGAUCUACCUACGGAAACCGCAUGUGUUUAAAAUGGCAACCCUGCGAGAUAUUAGAAGCUUAUAUGGCCCUGACAACCACUGCUUCUAUGCUGGCUUUGGAAACCGUCUUACGGAUCAGAUUUCUUACAGGACUGUGGAUGUGCCAAGGAACCGAAUCUUCACCAUUAACUCUAAUGCCGAGGUGUCGCUGGAUUUGCUAAGCCUUAAUAAGUUAAAGCUUAGCUACGUGAACAUGACGGAAGUCGUUAAUCACUACUUUCCUCCUGUUAGCACUCUUGUCAAGGGUGGCGGUGUUGAGUACACCGAUUUCACGUAUUGGCGCGAUACUCCCUUGGAGCUAGACGAGUUCUCAGCUAGCGAAUCCGAAGAUCGCGCAGACGACAGCUCCGCAGACGAGGAGGAAGACGAAGACGUCGGAAACAUGGGCGAUAGCUAUCUCUCCCGAGGAGAUGAUGAGGAAGAUGAAGAUGCCGAUGCUGAAGAGAGUAUAUUCAGCGGUGAAUAUGAAGGAGAGGAGAACGUGAUGGACCCUCUCGAAUACGGGUCCGACGAUGCGGAUGACGAGGAUGGCUACCUAGAAGACGAAGCUGAGGACGAACAAGACAUUAGUCCGGGCCCGCUUAAUCCUGGUUUUAAGAGCGCGCCUGCUCUUCCAGUGCGAGACGUCGAUGCCGAGCUUAUCACAGGAAUGAAAAAUAUGGCUGUCGAUGAAGAAAUGAAAAGAAAAGACGAAAAGAUGACGUAGCUUUGGAACUAUGUCGGAAGGAUCAAAUAACUACUACGAACAAUUUACAGUGACAAUACAUGAUCCGGCCUCGAGGGUCGCCU